CUCACGCCUUCAGUCCCGGCUCGAGGAGGGCUCCCCGUAGCCCCGUUGUUCUGUCAGGGAGCAAGGGACUGCCCGUCACAGCUCCCUGGGCUUUUCCUCCCGUGCCCCCGCAGUACUUUAAGGACUCCUGGGAGUGUUGAGAGCCACGGGCUGAAAGCAGUGCGGGCUGUCUCUGGGCCUCUUCUGCAUUCUUGGCCUUGAACUACUAACAUCAUUGCUACCUAAGAUGCAUCCAGACCUGUCUCCUCAUCUGCACACUGAAGAAUGUAACCUAAUUAUCAGUCUGCUCAAGAAAUGUCACAAGGAGCACAACAUUUUGAAAUUUUUUGGCCAUUGCAAUGAUAUUGACCGUGAGAUGCGGAAGUGCCUAAAGAAAGAGUAUGAAGCAAACAGGGUCAAGAACCAGGAGACGCGACGGAGAAUAAUUAAUGCUAAUAAAAACUCUGAGAAGUGAGCUGUACUGUAGCUGGACAGCUGCGUCUUGAUAGUGACACUCGCAUAAAAGUUGACAGAAUAUUUCUUUCAGAUCACCACUGUUGAACCUAUUGUUUGUGACAUGAUGGAAAAAUAAAUGUACUUAAAACAUACUUAUUCCUACAAAGUCGAACUGAAUGUGGAAAAAAAAAUGAAAAUAAUAAAUGAUCACCCAUAAGUUAAUUUUUGACCUUGAAAAGAAAAAUAUUGUGGCAAUUCUUUGUUCUGGCAUAGUUUUGUUAUGACUGUUAAGUAACGAUGAAUCAGUGUGUGUAGAGUAUUAUUCAUUCAGAGCUGCUAUAUUCCCAGCCUUGUGUUGAGUUGCAUUUAUUCCUUCAUGUUUAGCAGUUUUUCAUUUUUUUUCCUGCAAAACACUGAGUGACUUUUCAUUCGCUCCUUGUAAUGUUGUGAUAACACUGCUUAAAUGAAUUAUUAAAAAUAAAUUUUAAAGCAACAUGGAUUAAAAUUGGAAGUGGCCUAUCAAGCAA